AUGGAUUUGGAGUCUGAAAAACAAAUCCUCUGGGAAAAAUCGCAGGAGUUACUCAAGAAAAUCAACGAAAGUCGACGCGAAAUCGAAACGAUCACAGCGAUUGUAGGCGAAAAGAAACGAGAAAAGGAAGAGCUGGACGAGAUGCUCCAGACAAUUCCCCAGCAAUCUUUCCGAACCGUGUAUUUGAAACGCUUACAGGAGUUAUCGCAGCGCAAACAAACGCAGCAGAUCGAUUUGACGAACGUCUCCAAGUCCAUUGAACAGCUGAAUUUGGAGAUUAAGGACGUUGCGACGAAGGUGAAAAGCGCGGAGGGAACGAUCGAGUCCACGCUUCGCGCGGUUUUAGGGAACGAAACGGAAGGAUCCGAACUUUACAAUCAGUUUUACAAACUGAAGAGAACGGAUGAUUCCAUCACUUCGAUCGCAUUGCAGUUGAACAAGAUUGAUGUUCCUGUCAUUUGUAAAAAUACGGACUAUCUCAGACGGGAUAUUGAGAAAUUACAACAUGAGAACAAACUUCUAGCCGAUAAGAUUGCUCAGUUGGAAAAGGCAUUUUCUGUUUGUUGA